AUGAGGCCCUGGACCGGCCGCUGCCUGGGUAUGGGCUUGCUGAUACUAUUAGCCUUGAACCUGCUAUUGUACCUGAUGCGACAGCGAUCGACUGCCCCAUCCUUCACUUGGCCCACUCCCGGCGUGCCAGCACAAGUACGCGCCACGCAAACAGCAGCUGGCCAAGGGGCCCCACCACCCUCGCUACACGUGGUGAUGCGGGACUUUUAUGAAUGGUCGCACCAAUUGCCAGCUGUGCUGGACGCGCUCGAGGCCUAUGCUACUCAUGUAGCUGCCGUGCAUGUCGAUAUUCUGGCUGUGCAAAGCCCUUAUCCGAGUCUCCGUGUUGCCGACAGUCCCCGCUUUUCUGUGCAGAAAUGUACUCUGACGACAGCGCUGGCCAUGCAAACACCUCAGAACCCGUUGGCUCGGCAGAUGCCCAUACACUUCCUCAAUCAAGACGAUGCAGGGAUGCAGCAGUUGGACAAAGCCACUCGGUUUCCCACCCCACAUCUCCUUCAGAAAGAGGCAUCGUGCAGCGCCCAGCGUCUGGGCCAGCUGUACGCCGACGUUGGCAUAAAGCUAGUCAUGCGCGAUGAAGAGCAAGAGUGGCACGGUUGCAAUCGCAAAACCGCACGAUGCUUUGGAACCAUUCUUCACGAUCGACCAGACUACGUGGAGCGCGGUCGCUUCACGCCGCCCUGCUGCCUUGAGCACAUUCGCGAGACGGCCCGCUAUGUCUUUCGCCAACUCGAGGCUGUCGGUGUGCGCUAUUGGUUGGAGGGCGGGACUCUUUUGGGUGCAGUGCGCCAUCGCGAUAUCAUCCCGUGGGACUAUGACGCCGAUCUGGGUCUCUUCCUCUCCGAUGUGGACUUGUGUUGGCAGAUGCGACAAGCUCGUGAUUCGAAUACAUGGAUCGCGUCUCAUCAACAAGACAUGGAAUUUCCAGCCAGGUUUGUGCAUCGACUGGAGCGAUUACCGUUUGUUGGCGUCGAAGCCAACGUGCCAAACAACUACCGUGAAUUUCUGGAGCUCAAGUUUGGUGCUGGCGCCAUUGAGCAUCCGCGUCUCCCGGGAUCAAGCCCAUAG